UCCUCACCCCCUCCUCCUCUCUCACCUCAUACCUCACAUCUCAGCUCAGCUCAACUCUUCUCAUUGAAUUACCUCUCUUCUCUCUCUCUCUCUUUCUCUCCACCUUCUUAAUUAAUUCAUGGCUACUGCUAAAACACUCUGUUUUGCCUCUCUUCUCUUCUUCAUUCUACACCAGCUGCAUACCACCAUCGCCGAUUACGACGGCUGGCAGGGCGGCCACGCCACCUUCUACGGCGGCGGUGACGCCUCCGGCACCAUGGGAGGAGCGUGUGGGUAUGGAAAUUUGUACAGCCAGGGGUACGGGACGAACACGGCGGCGCUAAGCACGGCGUUGUUCAACAAUGGGCUGAGCUGCGGGUCGUGUUACGAAAUGCGGUGCAACGACGACCCCAGAUGGUGCCGCGCCGGCACCAUCACGGUGACCGCCACCAACUUCUGCCCUCCGAACUUGGCGCUUUCUAAUGACAACGGCGGCUGGUGCAACCCUCCCCUCCAGCACUUCGAUUUGGCCGAGCCCGCUUUCCUCCAAAUUGCCGAGUACCGCGCUGGCAUCGUCCCCGUUGCCUUCCGAAGGGUGCCUUGCAUGAAGAAAGGAGGUAUCAGAUUCACAGUCAACGGCCAUUCGUACUUCAACUUGGUGCUGAUCACCAACGUGGGCGGUGCAGGGGACGUCCAUGCAGCCUCAAUCAAAGGGUCCAGAACGGGGUGGCAACCCAUGUCCAGAAACUGGGGCCAGAACUGGCAGAGCAACUCCUACCUCAACGGCCAAAGCCUCUCCUUCCAAGUCACCGCCAGCGACGGAAGAACCCUCACCAGCACCAACGUGGCGCCCGCUGGUUGGCAGUUUGGCCAAACCUUCCAAGGCGGACAAUUUUAACCAGCCUAGCCUAGGUCCAACCCUACGUGGCAAAUUGCCAACAAAUAUAUAUUAAAUUAAUUAACACGUGUUUGGGGCACGUGUGCAAGUGAGUAUCUAUAUAUAUAUAUUUAUUAUGGUGUGUAAUGAGGCGGUGGGGGAUAGGGCCUUCCAUUGCAGAGGUAGCUAGCUAAGUAGCACCCGCAAGGCCUUUAAAAAGUUCACAAUAUGUAAUUUAAUUGUAAUGUAAUGUAUUUAGAGUUUGGGCAAAUAUAAUUAAAUUGCAUUCUUGCAAUUGAGCUCUAAAA